AUGGAUUGUGAGACUAAGUUAUGGCUGGUAGUUCUUUUUUUGUUUUCCAGUGCAAUGCAUUGUGCUAUUGGAGAGCCCCAAGUACCUUGUCUUUUCGUUUUUGGAGAUUCUUUAUCAGAUAGUGGAAAUAACAUUAACCUUAAUACCGAUGCUAAAGUUAAUUACAAACCUUAUGGGAUUGAUUUUCCUGAUGGUCCUACUGGAAGAUUUACCAAUGGAAAAACUUCUGUUGACAUACUCAGUGAGAUUUUGGGAUUUGACCAUUAUAUUCCACCCUAUGCAAAUACCAAAGGUUCAAACAUUGUUGAAGGUGUUAAUUAUGCAUCCGGUGCAGCAGGAAUUCGCAAUGAGACUGGAACGCACUUGGGUCAAGAUAUCAGCAUGGGAUUGCAGUUAGAACAUCACAGAGAUAUUGUUUCUCAGAUUGCUAAGAAACUUGGGAGAGACAAAGUGCAACAACACCUUAAUAAGUGUUUAUAUUAUGUGAAUAUAGGAAGCAAUGAUUACCUUAACAAUUAUUUCCUGCCACAACAUUAUCCAACACAAGCUAAGUAUAAUAUUAACCAGUAUGCUGAAGCUCUUGUCCAAGAACAUUCGACUUAUUUAAAGGCAUUGUAUAAGCUUGGAGCAAGAAAGUUUUCUUUGAUUGGAUUAGGGCUUAUAGGUUGCAUUCCACAUGAAACAACUAGACAUGGGAAAAAAGGUUCAGAAUGUGUUGAAGAAGAGAGUAAAGCAGCACUACUUUUCAAUGACAAACUUAAAGCCAAUGUUGACCGUUUCAAUAAAAAAUUACCUGGUGCAAAAUUCAUCUUCAUUAACACUGCUAUCAUGAAAGGUGGUAGCUUGAAGUUAGAUAUGGUGAAUUCGCCAUGUUGCAAAGUGGGGUCCAAUGGGCAGUGUAUUCCUAAUGAGGAACCAUGCAAGGACAGACACAUUCAUCCAUUUUUUGAUGAAUUUCAUCCAACUGAGAUGAUCCACCAAGCCGGUGCAUAUAUGGCUUAUAAUUCUCCUCUUCCAUCCUUUGCAUACCCAAUGGAUAUUAGUCAUCUUGUUAAGUUGUAA